AUGCCUGGCUUUUCGGCCAUGACAAACAAAUUGCUUCGGUCUGUAUCUCGCCAUGACAGAUCCUCUUCGAAAUCCCAGAGCUCCCGCGGACUCUCAAGCGGCUCUGGCGCCGCAUCCUACGUCGACUCAACCGGCUACAGUGACGCCCCGCCAAAAUACACGCACACAUACCACCAGCCUGCGCCUGCGCCUGCAUUUCCCUCUCCGCCCGGGCCUCCAGCUGCCUCGGCGCCCACGGGACUCUUGACAGCGGCAGCCCAUCAGGGCGUCUCUGAUGACGACAUGUUUGCAAAUUUGGCCAACUUUGACACCAUUUUGCUCAUCGACGACUCUGCGUCCAUGAGCGGCAGCCGCUGGAGGGAAGCCGAGUUGGCCCUGAAAUCCAUCGCCGAGAUCAUCGCAAGAUACGACGAGGACGGCAUUGACAUUUACUUUUUGAACCACAAAUCCGAAAACUCGCCACCGGACAAUAGCAAGGCCAGAAACGGCUACUAUAAUGUGAAAAGCAAGUACGACGUCGAAUCCAUCUUCAACCGUGCCCGUCCUUACGGCGCUACCUACACGGGCAAAAGAUUGGAACAAAUCCUCAUCCCUUACAUGAAGCAACUGUCAAAGGCCAAGGACAUGGAUGACGUCAAACCUAUCAACUUGAUCGUCAUCACUGACGGGGAGCCCUCGGACAACCCUGCUCAGGCCAUUGUGCAGACGGCUCAUGAGCUCGAUAAACUUUACGCACCAUCCUACCAAGUCGGCAUUCAGUUCUUCCAGAUUGGCUCAGAUGUCUCUGCCACAAGGGCACUGGAGGUGCUGGACGAUGAUUUGAGCAAAAGAGGUGUGCGGGAUAUAGUCGACACAACACCCUGUCAGUGGGAGGAUUCAGGAAGACAACACGCCGCAAAGCUCACAGGUGCCGCCAUCCUCAAAGUUGUCUUGGGCGCCGUGGACAAGCGAAUCGACAACACUCGACUCGGCAACAAUAAACAGUAG